GACUCAGAAUAGGAACAGUAAAUUUUGUUUAUGUUAAAGGUUAUGCUGGAAAUAAUGGUAAUGAACAAGCUGAUAAAUUAGCAAAAGAAGGCUCCCUCAAAGAGGCAAUCAAGUUUAAUGAAAUUUUAAAAAAAGGAGAGAUAUAUGAAUAUAAAAUUCUUAAAUUACUUAGAACAAAUGCUAUUAAAUGUUAUGCUCAUCGCUUGUAUUAUGAAAUUAAUAAUAAAAAGAAAUUUAUAGGUGAUGGUGGAAUAGAUUUAACUAGAAAUUAUAACGAAGUAUUUUUUGCUAUUCAAGCAAAAUAUAGAAAAGAUCAUCAUAAUGAACAAGCUGAAGAUAUUAAAAAAUUUGAUAAAGCUCUUGAAUUACAAUCUAGAGAAGUAGUAGGAUUUUUUAUAACAACUAUUGAUUUUUCAACUGAAUCUAAAGAAGCAGCAUUAAAUUCUAAAAGAAAAAUAUUUUUAU